CAACAAUCUCGUCACUACGGAGGCACAAAGAGGACAAACCGUGGCGCCCGCACCUCAGCCCCGCCCUACUCAAAGCACACCAUUGGUCCUCUGACUGCCAAGACCCGCCUCAAGCCUCUCGUCCCACCCCUUGGGUCGAUCAUUGGCCAGUGUGUCUCCACCCCUUACGUUCAUUGGGAAGACUGGCUGCGGUGACAGUGAGUGGCAGACGCCAGGCCUAGCGCUCCCGGACGGGCCGAGCCGAGCGGAACCGACCGAGUCUCUUGGAAUCGCCCGGGUCAGGGUUCCUGAGGUGACACGCGAGGCUGGUUAUUGGAACCCCUUAAGCCCAGGCCGGACCUGGCCAGGGCUGCCCACGGAGCCCCAACAGCUGUCCAGCCAGGGCAUCCAGGACUGGAGUGGAGCAGACACUGUCCAUGGAGCUGGUGGACACGGUGGACAGGGGGAGGUGGUGAUGGCGCAGUUUGAUACUGAGUACCAGCGCCUAGAGGCCUCCUACAGUGAUUCACCCCCUGGAGAGGAAGACCUGUUGGUGCAUGUUGCUGAGGGGAGCAAGUCACCUUGGCACCACAUCGAAAACCUUGACCUCUUUUUCUCUCGAGUUUAUAAUCUACACCAGAAGAAUGGCUUCACAUGUAUGCUCAUUGGGGAGAUCUUUGAGCUCAUGCAGUUCCUCUUUGUGGUUGCCUUCACCACUUUCCUGGUUAGCUGUGUGGACUACGACAUCCUAUUUGCCAACAAGAUGGUGAACCACAGUCUUCAUCCUACUGAGCCUGUCAAGGUUACUCUGCCAGAUGCCUUUUUGCCUGCCCAAGUCUGUAGUGCCAGGAUUCAGGAAAAUGGCUCCCUUAUCACUAUCCUGGUCAUAGCUGGUGUCUUCUGGAUCCACCGGCUUAUCAAGUUCAUCUAUAACAUUUGCUGCUAUUGGGAGAUCCACUCCUUCUACUUGCAUGCUCUACGCAUCCCAAUGUCUGCCCUUCCAUACUGCACAUGGCAGGAAGUGCAGGCCCGGAUUGUGCAGACGCAGAAAGAACAUCAAAUCUGUAUCCACAAGCGUGAGCUUACAGAGCUGGACAUCUACCACCGCAUCCUCCGUUUCCAGAACUACAUGGUGGCUCUGGUGAACAAAUCUCUCCUCCCUCUGCGCUUCCGUCUGCCAGGCCUUGGGGAGGCCGUCUUCUUCACUCGUGGCCUCAAGUACAACUUUGAGCUGAUUCUCUUCUGGGGGCCUGGCUCUCUGUUUCUCAAUGAAUGGAGCCUCAAGGCUGAGUACAAACGUGGAGGGCAACGACUCGAGCUGGCCCAGCGCCUCAGCAACCGCAUCCUGUGGAUUGGCAUCGCGAACUUCCUGCUGUGCCCCCUCAUCCUCAUCUGGCAGAUUCUGUAUGCCUUCUUCAGCUAUGCUGAGGUGCUGAAGCGGGAGCCAGGGGCCCUGGGAGCGCGCUGCUGGUCGCUCUAUGGCCGCUGCUACCUCCGCCACUUCAAUGAGCUGGAGCAUGAGCUUCAGUCCCGCCUCAACCGGGGCUACAAGCCUGCCUCCAAGUAUAUGAAUUGCUUCUUGUCCCCUCUGCUGACACUGCUGGCCAAGAAUGGCGCCUUCUUCGCCGGUUCCAUCCUGGCUGUGCUUAUUGCCCUUACCAUCUAUGAUGAAGAUGUGUUGGCUGUAGAGCACGUCCUUACCACUGUCACACUGCUGGGGGUUACUGUGACCGUGUGCAGGUCCUUCAUCCCAGACCAGCACAUGGUGUUCUGCCCUGAGCAGCUGCUCCGCGUGAUCCUUGCUCACAUCCACUACAUGCCUGACCACUGGCAGGGUAAUGCCCACCGCUCACAGACCCGGGACGAGUUUGCCCAGCUCUUCCAGUACAAGGCAGUGUUCAUCUUGGAGGAGUUGCUAAGCCCUAUUGUCACACCCCUCAUUCUCAUCUUCUGCCUGCGACCUCGGGCCCUUGAGAUUAUAGACUUCUUCCGCAACUUCACAGUGGAGGUUGUUGGUGUUGGAGAUACCUGCUCCUUUGCUCAGAUGGAUGUUCGCCAGCAUGGUCAUCCCCAGUGGCUCUCCGGAGGGCAGACAGAGGCCUCAGUGUACCAACAAGCAGAGGAUGGGAAGACAGAGCUGUCACUCAUGCACUUUGCCAUCACUAACCCUGGCUGGCAGCCACCGCGUGAGAGCACAGCCUUCCUGGGCUUCCUCAAGGAACAGGUUCAGCGGGAUGGAGCCGCGGCUAGCCUGGCCCAAGGUGGUCUGCUCCCUGAAAACGCCCUCUUCACAUCUAUCCAGUCCUUACAAUCUGAGUCUGAGCCCCUGAGUCUUAUUGCAAAUGUGGUAGCUGGCUCAUCCUGCCGGGGCCCUCCACUGCCCAGAGAGCUGCAAGGCUCCAGGCACAGGGCUGAAGUUGCCUCUGCUCUGCGCUCCUUCUCCCCUUUGCAACCUGGGCAGGUCCCUGCAGGCCGGGUUCCUAGCACCAUGACUGGCUCUGGGGUGGAUGCAAGGACAGCUAGCUCUGGGAGCAGCGUAUGGGAAGGACAGCUGCAGAGCCUGGUGCUGUCUGAAUAUGCAUCCACAGAGAUGAGCCUACAUGCCCUUUAUAUGCACCAGCUCCACAAGCAGCAGACCCAGGCCGAACCUGAGCGGCAUGUGUGGCACCGCCGGGAGAGUGAUGAGAGUGGGGAGAGUGCCCCUGAAGAGGGAGCAGAGGGGACUCGAGUCCCCCAACCUAUCCCACGCUCUGCCAGCUAUCCCUGUGCUGCACCCCGGCCUGGAGCACCCGAGACCACAGCCCUGCAUGGGGGUUUCCAGAGACGCUACGGGGGCAUCACAGAUCCUGGCACAAUACCCCGAGCUCCCUCUCAUUUCUCCCGGCUGCCCCUAGGAGGAUGGGCUGAAGAUGGGCAGCCAGCAUCAAGGCACCCUGAGCCUGUGCCCGAGGAAGGCUCAGAGGAUGAGCUUCCCCCUCAGGUGCAUAAGGUAUAGACAAAGCUGAAGAGCAUCCCCACGCCCAGGAUGGAGGCCAUGGCUGCCCUGCCAUCCCAUCCAUCCACCAUGGGAAGGCUCCUCUUGAGUGUUGCCUGGCUCCACGUGUAUGGUGUUUGUGUGUUCAUGCCUGGCCAAGGGAGGUGCCAACACUGGGCUUGCCACAGCCCCAGAAGAAGUUGAGGUCUAGGAACCAGGGGCACACAAAACUCUAGCCUCAUCCCAGAACCCCCUUGGCUCAGAGUGUGGUGCUAGAAACUGGUCCCCAGCUCGGUUCCAGACUGCCACCUUUGCACUGACCCCCUGCAAGACUCCAGAGGGCUGCCAACCACAGAAGCUGCCAAGCAGGGAGAACCUGUGCCAACUGUGGAGUGGGGAGAUUGGGCCUGGACCCUCAACCCCUGCAACCUGCCCCUUUACCCAGAAUAAAUGAGCAGCUCAGGCUGUGGCCCUUACCUCACCCCUAGCUCUCGCCCAGUGCUGCAGCCAGCUCACCUCUCUUCUCCCUGCACACCACUGGCAUGUGUGUGCUGCUUGCUCCCAUUCUGUUGACUUGCUUCCCCUUGGCUUGGCUUUUGCUUUAGGGUAGAAACCCUAAUUCCCAGCCACCCUUAUGCUAUCUUUUGACACUAAAGAAGGAAAGUUUCUAAAUUGCAGGAAUAGGAUGAACAUUCUUUGCUAUGUCUCCAAUUUUUAGGAUGGGCCCUUGGGAGAUUGAGGUCUUCCUGGGCCCCCUUUGCUGCUUAUUAUACCCAUCCCACAUGAGACUGACAGGGUUGGAGUGUGACCUCAACUGUCUACAUCCCAGCAAGAGUUCUAGCCUGCAUCCCACUGUCCCCUAGAAGACAGAGGGGGUGAUGGUCUCUCAAUAGGCUGCCGCAUUGCAUGCUGGGACUCAGCUCCUUCCCUCUGCCCCACCCCUUUACCCAGCUCUGAUCUGCUGCUGAGGAAGGGUGGUGAACUCUGUUGCCCUACCUCACAGUGGGCCGGGGUGGGGACCAUGUACAGCUUGAUAACCCUGAAUAAAGAAGGGACUUUGA